CUCGAGCCUAUUCUAUCUUAACAAUUCUUAAAAUAAUAUCUAAGUAAAUAUUCAACGGAAAUGUAGAGAAAUUCUCUUUAUAUUGCUGUUCGCUCCGGGGCGCUUGGCUGGCGGAGUAAGGAUCCAGAGCGGAACUGAUCAGGAUCGGGCGGCGCGUACCCCACAUUUCAACUCCACCAACUGGCAUAUUCACAUCUUGCAUCUUGAACAAAUACAUAUACCUCCCACUCUCUUCUAUAAAUCUCUCAACUCAACUCAACUCAACUCAACCUCAAAAUAAACAGAGUAAUCGCAAUGCCCGUGGCUAUCGUAACCGGCGCCUCCUCAGGAAUAGGCCUCGCUCUCAGCAUCCACCUCAUCGAAAAAUCAUGGACCGUCGUCCUCGCUGAUCUCGCCCCGCCACCCGUCUCCGCCCUCACACUCUCACCAGGAAAAUCAGAAUUCUUCAAAACAGACGUCACGUCCUGGGACAACGUCGCCGCGCUAUUCAAGCACACCUUCAACACCUACUCGCGUCUCGAUUUCGUCGCUGCAAACGCCGGGAUCGACGAUCGCGACGACGUCGUCGCUGAAUCGGCCGCCGAAGAGCCUGAACCGCUUAAUUUCAAAACUAUCGAUGUCGAUCUAUACGGGUCUCUUAAUACGUACUGGUGCUCGCUGCAUUAUAUGAGACGAAAUCCGGAUGGAAGACAUGGCAAGAUUGUCUUUACUGCUUCCUCGGCUGGCUUAUACGCCUUUCCUUCCAACCCAGAGUACUGCGCUGCCAAACACGGUCUCAUGGGGUUCACGAGAUCAGUGGCUCAACCCCUAGAAAAAGACAAGAUCACUGUGAACGCAAUCUGCCCCGCGCUCGUCAAAACCGGUCUCGCCCCCGCUGAACUUCUCCGCCAGAUCCCUCAAGAACAGAUGACUCCGAUGUCGACAAUCAUGCGGGCUUAUGACAUCUUCCUUGACGACGAAGACUACAAGGUCACCGGCCAGACCGUGGAGUGCUCUUUGGGUGAUCUGUUUUACAGACAGCAGCCUGAUUUUGCCAGCACCAGCCAGAAAGUUAUGUUUGGCAACGAAGUUAACGUUUGGAUGGACAGCUACGAACGAACUUGAUGUGAUACUGU